UACUGUAUGACUUGUAGUAUACAUAUAGUGAUCAAUUUCUUAAUAUUAUUCACAAUCGAUGACAACUCAAUUGAGUAUCAUGAUUUUUUAUUGGCUUUUAUUUUCAAAUUUUUUACUUCAAAUUUGGGCUACCAAGUGUAAGAAGAUUGAAAUUUUAGAAAUUGGCGAAAUAUCGUGUGAUUUGAAAAACGAGAUUCUGAAAACUCACAAUGAAAUACGACAAAAAAUAGCUAAUGGUUCGAUAAAAAAUCAACCACCUGCAGCCAAUAUGAGAGAAAUGUAUUGGGACGAAGAAUUGGCAGAAAAAGCACAAAAAUGGGCAAAUCAGUGUAAAUUUGCCCACAGCAAUGUUGCAGAACGAAGAACAAGCAAAUUCAACAAAGUUGGACAAAACAUUGCAAUUAAUCGAAAUCGAUCACGUAAUGCUUUACCAGAGAAAGAUUUUAUUACAGAAAUUCAUAAAUGGUUACAAGAAGGAAUGAAUUAUAAAUUUACACCUCUAGACCUUGAACAAGUAAAACAAUUUGGCCAUUAUACCCAGCUUGCUUGGGCAAAUACACACUUGGUUGGAUGCGGAUAUUCACAAUUUCGCAUUAAUAAUAUUACCAGUCGCUUAUAUGUAUGCAAUUACGCUGCUUCUGGAAAUAAUUUUAGUGAUCUGCCUUACAUCCCCGGAGAUCAAAAAUGUUCGGAGGAGUUCACUCGUUCUACAAAAUAUCCUAGCUUGUGCAGUACCGAAAAUACUUUAGAAUUAAGUUGCGAAUCAGAAAAACAACUAAAUAAUAAUGAUUCACCAGAUGACAUUACAUUGCGAAAUGAUCCAAAAUCAUCUUGGGAUGGACAGAAAUCGAUAAUAAAAGAACCAAGUAAUGAAUUUACAAUCGAUGACUUCAAAUUAGAUAAUAUCAAACCGGAUGUGAAUCAGUUGCGUGACGGUGUUGCCAUUACUAAUCUUCAGGUAGAUAAGAUGUACAAUAUCCUGUAUUUCUAGAUAUCGCGUGACUGAUUAUUAAAUGGUAUUCAGUUGAGCAAAGUCUAAAAAUAUGGUGCUAAACGUGUGUUUUGAUAACAAUAAAACAGCCUAUCAUACCUAAAAUAUGUUUUUGAAUAAUAUCUAAAAUAAUAAAGUAAACAAAUCAUUAAAAAAAUAAAA